UGUUAUAUGAAAUGACAGGUCGCGGGGCUUUCGGUGAAGUCCAGUUAGUAAGACAUAAGUAUACAAAACAAGUCUAUGCGAUGAAACUGUUGAGCAAAUUUGAAAUGAUCAAGAGAUCGGAUUCAGCCUUUUUCUGGGAGGAGAGGUUUAUAAUGGCGUACGCGAACACCGACUGGAUUGUGAAGUUACACCACGCUUUCCAAAACACUCAAUUCCUAUAUAUGGUAAUGGAUUACAUGCCGGGCGGAGAUCUCGUGAAUCUGAUGAGCAAUUAUGAUGUGCCCGAAAAGUGGGCGAAGUUUUAUUGCGCUGAAGUGGUGUUAGCCGUCGAUUCCAUACAUUCAAUGGGUUUUGUUCACAGAGAUGUCAAACCAGACAAUAUGCUACUCGACAGAAGAGGUCACCUAAAACUGGCCGACUUCGGC